AUGCGUAGGGCAACUGAGCGAUCUCCGGAAACCGUCGAUAGUGGCAUGAUUGUUAACGAUCCAGAUUUAACAGUUUCGAAAAUAUGUGAAUAUUUUAAUGCAGAUGAGGUCGAAGUGGUCUUACGUAAGCUGAAGUUUUCUAUUGUACAUAUUACUUUUCUGUUAAACAAUCACUAUAUGACUAAUAUUGACUACCAACGAGAUCCAAACGAAAUGCACGACGAUGAUCAAGAUAUGGAUGAAGCAGAUGUUGCUUCUUCGGCCAAUAUGCAACAAUUAGUAGCAGCUAAAGCUGAAGAAUUAUUUCGUCUAUGUGAUAUUGAAGAAAAAGGAUUUAUUAUCAAAAAAGAUAUGCAACGUUUAAAAGAUGAAUUAGGUUUUGCACCUGAACAAUUAGAAGAUGUUUUUGAUUCAUUAGAUGGUGAUCAUAAUGGGUAUUUAACAUUAGAAGAAUUUACAUCCGGUUUCGGAAUGUUUUUGAAUAUUCAAAUGGGUGACACAGAAGAGCAAGAAAUUGAACAUAAUCCGCAAGAAAAAGAAGAACAACAAUUAUUUCAUGAUACAUUAGAUUCACUAGGCGCAAAAGGUCUUUAUGAUGAUGAAGAAACAAUUCAAGCAUUAUGGACGAAAUUAAGAGAAACUGAUCCAACACUACUCAGACAAUUUGAAGGAUUCAUUGGAAAAGUAACAACUGAAAUUAGACGAUCGAAAUUAGAUCAUCGAACAAUUGAAGCUGCCUUACAAAGUAAAACUUCCGUGCAUGAUACAGAAGUGAAAAGACUCUAUGAAGAAAUGGAACAACAAAUUAAAGCAGAAAAAGCACAAGUUCUCGCGCAAGAAAAGUUGAAAGAACGUGAACUUCGUGAGCAAAUGGAACGUGAAUUACGUGCAAAAGAAGCUCAAUUAAUGGAUGUACAAAAAUUACAAUCAGAUUUAGAAAUGAAAGUGUUUCGAUUGAACAUGACCGAAUCAGAAAUAAAAAAUGAAAAUGAACGUUUACAAAAAGAAAAAUUUCAAUUAGAAGGGCAAUUACAAGAGAUUUCAAAAAAUUUAGAAGAAUCUAAAAAUUAUAUAUCACAACUUCAAAAUCAAACAAAGAAAGAAAAACGAGAUCGUGCCAAACAAGCGUUGAAUCUAACAGAAAAUAUUGCGAUUGAACGCGAAAGUCUUGUCAAACAACUUGACAUACUUAAAUCAGUGAAUAAAAAAUUGGUUGAUGAACGUGAUGUAAUUGAUGCCAAGGUAUUAUACAAUCAUUCAAUACAAGAGAGUGAUCCAGAAGAAGAUGAUGAUGUCAUGGCACCAUUGCAUGACAACGACAGUGAAAGUGGUGUAGAUAUUUCUGUUAGACGACCACGUCGGCGAGUCAGACGUCUAAUCAGAAAUGGUAGUACUGAUAGUGGCUCUGAACGAGAAUAUAAAGUACAUCGACGAUAUCCAAGGAGGCGUCGAAAUUUACGUUCAGGCACAAGUGAAUCAGAAGACAUGUGUGAUAAUGUUGAUCGUCUACUAUUAUCUGAUUUUAAAAAACAUCGUUACAAAAUCAAUUACAUAUCGAAUAAAGAUUUACUUUUAUUAGCGCAAGAAUUGGGUGCCCGAGAGCAACCGGUUGGUGCUAGUGCCGUUCUACAGCAUUCUGAACUAAUGACUGUCGCACCAAAUGCCGUUCCUGACCGAAUGUUUAAAGUGGCAUUUAUUGGUGACAGUGGUGUUGGAAAAACGAGUUUUAUCCAACGUUUUUGCACGGAUAAUUUUAGAGAAACAUUUAGUGCAACAAUUGGCGUCGAUUUACAAGUAAAAAUGUUAAAUCUGGAUCAAAAAAUUAUUGCGCUACAAUUGUGGGAUACGGCUGGUCAGGAACGUUUUCGAAGUAUAACAACACAGUAUUUUCGGAAAUCAGAUGGUGUUGUACUUGUUUAUGAUGUUACAUCUGAAACAACAUUUAAAAAUGUUCGAGCUUGGAUGACAAGUAUUCAGGAAGCAACUGAAGAUGACUGUGUUAUUGCACUUGUUGGUAAUAAAAUCGAUCUUUGUGAUGACGAUGAGAAGAGACCAGUGAAAUAUAAAGACGGUGCGAAACUAGCAGAUGAAUAUGGAUGUUUAUUUUUUGAAACCAGUGCACGACAAGGAACAACAAUUGUUGAAACAUUGGAAGCCAUAGCAAGAUUAAUGCAAGAAAAAGAUGACAAACAACGAAAAGGUGAAAAUAUUAUUCAAAUAACACCAAAACCAAAAAGCAAAGGUUGCUGUUAG